UACCAAGAGAAAAUAAGCAUAUCAAAAGCAAUGACACCUCCAAUAAUGAUGAAAUGGUUAUCACAAAUACAAAACGUAUAAUGGUAACACCCAACCCACUUAUAACAUUGCACAAAACUGAUGAUAAUGAUGAUUACAGAAAGAAAGUGAAAAGGUUAAAAUAUGUACCACAUAAUUCUAAAGAAGAGCACAGAAGGAAAGAAACAAG